UUACUCUCCUGAAUGUUCCCCUGAAAUAGACUCUCCGGGGACUUCUGAAGCUGGGACUCCCUCAAGGGAAUUCGUGGACCUUCUCAGCCCACACCCAGACAUUGCCAUGUCAGCCCUGAUCACCUAGGGACUAAUCAGCAGAGCCAUGCUGUUACCCGGCAAGCGGGGUGCUUCAAACCCAGCCCUCACAUCCUGUGGCUCCGUAAGACUGAACUCGACCUGUCUCAUCUCCUGUCCUCUUCCUUUGAGCAUCUUGAGACACGGUCCCUUUCCUCCAGUGUGGGCAGGUGCUUUCCAAGGCUCCCACUCUCGCUGUGGCUCUCCCAUCCCUGUCUGAAUUCUGCUGCAGAGUGAAUUCUGUUGACCUCGGGACAGUAUCUUGUUCAUCUAUGUGUGUUCAAAAAACCCAGCACGGGGCACUCAAAUGGAGGCGAAUACAGGAAGGAAGGUUGAGAUGUGGACCUCAGCGUCUCUCCGGCUCCUCCCUGUUCUCCACUUGAGAGAGUCCCCUGAGAACAAUGGAAAAUCCCAGGUGUCAACAGGGGCGACAGACGGCAAGAGAUGUGCCCUCAGCUUGAACCAUCAGUCUCAUAAUUUUACAGGAAACAACGUCUACAGGAACGGAAAACCCACACCUUCCAGAGAAGAAAAUGAAGCCAGGUCUAUUUCCAAGCUCGCCUGGGAACUAUGUGAGUACCAGUGAGGCGGAGGGUUACUUUUCAGUGCUAUAACCCUCCGCCUGAGACGUGUCACCUCGGCUGCUGCUCCUCAGACCACCAGGGGGCGCAAUCUCACCGAUCCCUGGCCUUGGCUGGUUUCACUCCACCAUGAGUGUAGUCAGGAACUCUGGGAAUUGUAGUCCUGGGAUAUCAAGGCGGCAUCUCUCGCGUUGCGCCUCGGGAGUUGUAGUUUAACAACUAGAGGCAGCACAUAGGUUUAAGCUCGCAUGUUAUAUGAAAGGAACUACUACUCCCACAGAGCCACGGGCUCCUGGGCGGUGUCGGGUUUCCGUCGAGCAAUCCUUCUGAGAUUGCUUCUGAGUGAUCAGCGCGACUGGCCUGCAAGGUCAGGACACCCAAGCUAUAGUCCCGCUGGUGAUGAAAUGGGGACCGGCCAGUCCAUGUGCUUUCCACCCAUCUCGGGACCCCACCAUGUCGGCUGCACAGAUGUGAUGGAGGGUCAGAGUCUUGAGGGUAGCCUCUUCCGACUCUUCUACCCCUGCCAAGCAUCCGAGACGUGCGAGCAGCCUCUGUGGAUUCCCCGCUAUGAGUACUGCUUGGGCCUGGCUGACUACCUGCAGUAUAACAAGCGCUGGGUAGGGUCGCUGUUCAACCUGGGUAUGGGAUCUUGUCGCUUGCCUGUUAGCUGGAAUGGCCCCUUUAAGACAAAGGAAUCUGGAUACCCCUUGAUCAUCUUGUCCCAUGGCCUGGGAGGCUUCAGGGCGGUGUACUCAGCCUUCAGCAUGGAGCUGGCCUCGCGUGGCUUUGUGGUGGCUGUGGUGGAGCACAGGGACCAGUCAGCUUCGACCACCUACUUCUGCAAGCAGACCCCACAAGAGAGCCAGCCCCCUGAAUUGCUGGAGGAGGAGUGGAUCCCCUUCCGGCGAAUCAAGGAAGGGGAGAAGGAAUUCCACGUUAGGAAUCCCCAGGUGCACCAGCGAGUGAGAGAGUGUGUGCGGGUGCUUCGGAUCCUGCAGGAUGCCUCGGCUGGGAAGACUGUCCUCAAUGUCUUUCCUGGUGGAUUGGACCUGAUGACCUUGAAGGGCAGCAUUGACAGGAGCCGGGUGGCGGUGAUGGGUCACUCGUUUGGAGGAGCUACCGCUGUUCUUGCUCUGGCCCAGGAAGUCCAGUUCCGGUGUGCUGUGGCCCUGGAUGCUUGGAUGUUCCCUCUGGAACAUGACUUUUACCCCAAGGCCCGGGGUCCUGUGUUCUUUAUCAAUGCUGAGAAAUUCCAGACAGUGGAGAGCGUCAACCUGAUGAAGAAGAUAUGUGCCCAGCACGAACAGUCCAGGAUUGUGACUCUCCUCGGAGCUGUUCAUCGGAGUCAAACUGACUUUGCUUUUGUGACUGGCAACCUGAUCGCUAAAUUCUUUUCCAAUCACUCCCGUGGGACCUUGGACCCUUAUGAAGGUCAGGAGAUUAUGGUGCGGGCCAUAUUGGCGUUCCUGCAGAAGCACCUUGAUCCCAAGAGAGGGACUUGUUUCUGUCGCUUUAUCUUUGCCUGCCAAAACACAGUGUGGGUCACUGUCCAGCCCAGCCUGGAGCUUUCACAAUCCUAUGUCAGCAUGGACAGGAAGCACCAGGAACCUCAGGAAGCUGACCUCUCACAAGUCACUUUCAUCAGGAGGCAACCAGGCUUGCCUGGACCAACUUAACAGCAAGAUCUGAUACCUUACCCCACCACACACACACACACACACACACACACACACACACACACACACACACACACACUUGCCUGUACCAUUAAGGUUUGAACUGUAAUCUAACAGCAAGAUCUGAGAUAAUAUAUCACACACACACACACACACACACACACACACACACACACACACACACAGUUGCUGUGUCCCAAGAGCUCCAGAGAAGCCUGAUGUAGCACGUGGCGGCUCUUUGGAUAUUUGUGGUCACCUCUAAUGUCUUCUGUUCAUUAAGCUAAUGGCCAUGGGACCUGCAGUAGUUCCCUGUUCAAUUCCCCCAUGCAGUCUAUUAUGGCCUUCCCUUGGGUACAAUUUGUAAGGGCCUCUAUUAAAGAGAGGUGCCCUGACUGGAACACGCUACACUAGACGUGGUCUGGCCAGUACCUGGCCCAGCAGGACUCUCCCCUCUGUGCUCUAGACAUGGGUCUUCCCCUGGAUAGCCUGGAUACAUUUGUGUUUCCCACAAUGUAUGCAACCCGAUUGUGCUUAUGUUUAAAAUAUGCCGGUCCUAUUAAGAACGCAUUGCUGCUUUGAGCCAGAUUUGUAUUUUUGUUUGUAUUUGCUCAUUUCGCCUUACAAAUUAUGAGCAAAGAACUACUCCAACCCGAGUUACUUGGGGGGGGCGGGGCUUACAGAGACAUGCCUUUUCUCCUGGUCCCUGCUCCCUGGUCCUCAGCCCACACCUCCUGUUUCCCCAGGCACAUGUCAUUAUAGGAGCCCAAGAUUAAAGAUGCCAGGCAUGCAGGAGUGAGGGUGGUACACACAUUU